GUCGCUGGGCUGUGGGUGUAUGGUAGAAGUGGUCGCCGGGGUGCGGUUGUGUGUUGUGGUAGGCGAGCUGGGAGGGCGACAGUCUCGGGUAUGGAGGAGUGACGCCGCCACCAGUAACUGUGCCAGGAUAUAUCAUGGUCAGGUUCAAGAAGCGGUACUUUAUUGUGGAAGUGACGCCAGAAAUCCCAACGCACUUUCACAGGAACGGACUUCAGGAGGCAAUAGUUUCAACAGUAAAAAGACUUCAUGGUGAUUAUGGUGUUGCAGCAACCACGCCGGGCUUCCGUGUUAAGUACUUGAAUACCGAGACACGUAUAGCAUUUAUUAGUGUGGGACGUGGUCCACAUCAGCUAGUGGCCUCGGCUCUGCCCCUCAUCACCAAGAUCAGCGGUCAGGCAGCCACAGUGCGAACUAUUCAUCUUGCAGCCUCAAUGAGACAUGGCUUUCUGUUUGUGAAGAAAUACCAUGAAGAAAAAAUCAUGAAAUUAGAAGAGAGCCUGAGUGGUGGUGAGAAGGUCCGCUGGAAGCAAGAAAAGGACAGGCUACUAAGUCGCAAGUGAUACUUUCCAACAUUGAGAACUAAUUAAGUGUUCUAAGAUGAGAACUUGUUUGCUACAAAGUUUAAUGGAAGCAAGUGUUAUAGAUGUGCAAUAGUACAAAGCCCAGUACUUCACUUAUUUUUUACCUCCAGAAUUAAACUUUGGUAACCUUAACCAUGUUUUUCAAUAUACACACUACAUUUAUUAACCUAUUCAAUAAUGAAUGAUACUAAUGAAUAGUAUUUGUGAAGUGAAGUAAUAAUCCUGACCAUGACA